AGUGAUAAUAGGUUUGACAGACUUGUCUUGACAUUUCGACAGGGUGUCAAUUUACGUUUUCGAUUUUUAUUUAUCAAGUUUAAAAUAAAUUCUUAAAUAGUUGUUAAAUACACGUAAAUUCAGAGUAACUAUUCAAGAUGUUGGCUUUAAUGAACAGAAUAUUAGACUGGUUCAAAAGUCUUUUUUGGAAGGAAGAAAUGGAACUAACAUUAGUCGGGCUGCAGUAUUCAGGAAAAACAACUUUUGUUAAUGUGAUAGCGUCUGGGCAGUUUAGCGAAGAUAUGAUUCCAACUGUAGGAUUCAAUAUGAGAAAAAUUACAAAAGGCAAUGUCACCAUCAAAGUUUGGGACAUUGGAGGUCAACCAAGAUUCAGAUCAAUGUGGGAACGAUACUGUAGAGGAGUUAACGCCAUUGUGUACAUGGUGGAUGCUGCAGAUCCUGAUAAAAUUGAGGCUUCCAGAAAUGAGCUUCACAGUUUAUUAGAUAAACCACAGCUAGCUGGCAUUCCUGUAUUAGUGUUAGGUAAUAAAAGAGACAAGCCACAAGCAUUAGAUGAAAAUGGUCUAAUUGAAAGAAUGAAUCUUUCGGCCAUUCAAGAUAGAGAAAUCUGCUGCUAUUCAAUAUCUUGCAAAGAAAAAGACAACAUUGACAUCACACUACAAUGGCUCAUUGCGCACUCCAAAUCUGGUAUGCGUUAAUUAUUUAUAGAAUUGUAGUAUAUAUUAUAAAAAGUGCUAAAUUUUAAGAAACAUCCUUCUUGAACAAAGUAAACAUAUUUACAAUUACACUUGGUCCUUGGAGAUUAUAUUGUUGUUUCAUACAGUGAUAUUGCAAUUUUAAAAGCGUGAUUAUUUUAUUUGAUUAAGUAUGGUGAAAUAUUGGACAUUCUAUAUAUAAAAUUAGUUUUCUGACAACAUACAAAAAAUACUUGAUAUUUCACUCCAUAGAAUAACACUAAUUUGUGCAUUUUGUAACUAUCAACUGUUUUAUGUAAGUCUUCAAGCAAGUAUACUGUGUGAAACAGGUGUGGAAACCUGAUAUUUCAUGCUAUUAUGAAAUAUUCUAUUUUCCUUACCAACAGCACAAUAUACUAUUUAAGCUUCUAUAACUGAAAAUUGCAGUUCAUGAUAUAAUAAUUAACAUGAAAAUCAAAUUUUUUUGCUUAGAUUAUGGACAAAAAAGUUAUAAUGUAAUAUUUGAGAUAAUAUUCUGCAGAUUACAAAACCGAGCCUUGAACAAAUAAUUAUUUAAUUAAACUUUCAUAUAGUGAAUUUUUAUUGAUAAGCAAACAGUUAAUAUUUUUUUUACCUUAUUUUGAGAAUUACAAUAUGAUACAAGAACGCAUAAAAAAUUACGAAUUCUAAGAAAUAUGACAUUUGAUGUUAUUAACUGUCUUUUGUAAUCUUAUUUUAUUUGGUCUAACCAUUUCUUUCUUGGUCUAACCCUUAUUGUUUUUAUAGUAUUACCAACCUCUAUAAUUUCUCUUGCCCGUCUGACUUUAUUUUCUUGAUCUGUCCACACCAAUUAUUUGUGUAUUAUUGUUUAUUCUACUUUUAUUUAUUCUUAUGUCACCUUUGUAAUUCCUUUGUUCUUUAUCUUAGUUUUCUCACUAUUCUUCUCAGGUCAUAUUGUUUGUCUUGUUUUUGUUUCAAUUAUAAUUAGUCAAAUUAAUUUUAAUAUGUUCAAAAAUUCAUUGGCCCAUUGAAGACAAGAGGAUAUUUAUUGUUGAAAAUGGUCUAAUAUGAUUUGGCUCUUAUAUUGGAAGAAGAAAUUUCGAUUGGAUUCUGUUAUUUUUUGUUAAAUUAAACAAUUUAUAUACAGGUAGCAAAUAUUUUUUUCAAAUUGCAAUUAUUAAGAUUUAAUUGAAAAUUUUGAAAAUGUAUUUAUUGAUAAACUAGUCCCAGUAACUAAUACACCUUUUUUAAAAGUCUUUAAUGACACCAUUCUUGUUUUAAAUUCAAUCAGCUGUGUUAAAUAGCUUAUAAAUGUCAUGCUAAUGUAUAUCAAAUAUAUUUUUGAUGUUGCUUUUUUCAGCCAAAGUUACUUAGAAAGCACAAAACAAGACCAUAGGUAAAUUUUACGAAUUUUACCUUAAUAGAUUUCAAAUAAUUGUUGAUAAAAAAUACCUAUUUGCGUAGUCAAAUCAAUAUUUUUUCCAUAAAACUAUCUUUAGGUUUUGUCAUAUUGUGUUUGGCCUUUUCAUAAAUUCCUACACAAAAUCACACUAAUGAGAUAGUAUAUAUAAUACUUAUACUGUUUUUGUAUACACAUAAUAGGAUAAAAACAACUUAAACCAGUUAAAUAAUGUAAAAUAUGUUGACUUUGAUCAGUUUUGGUUUUUGAUGUGAAAAGAUCUUGGACCAGUUCGAAUUGAUCAGUGGACCAGUAUAGUUGAAUGAAAAACCAAAACAAAAAUGCAUUCUCUCUAAGAAUAAUUUCUCCUAACAACCUAUUAACAAUUAUUAAACAUACCGAGGAAACAUAUAUUUCCAGUUUGGGUCAAUUAAUCUAACAUAUAGUUGCUUUUUUACUUAAAAAGUUUCCACGGCUUAGCACCAUCUUUGGUUUGAUAUAGUUUGCUUUCUUGGAGUCGUUUCUUU